AUGGUCUCGUCUGUAACACUGUGCUUCCGCACGGCCAGCAACUUGAAGCGAGCCUCACCUACUGCCCGCCAUCUAGCCCGAACCUUUGCAUCAUCCUCUCGCCGACAUGAAAUCAACAAAGUGGUCGGCUCUGCCGAAGAAGCGAUCAAGGACAUGCAACCCAACUCUACCCUGCUCUGCGGUGGCUUUGGACUUUGCGGAGUACCCGAUACCCUCAUCGACGCGGUAGAGAGGUCUCCCCAUAUCAAAGGCCUUACGGCUGUCUCGAAUAACGCUGGUGUGCCUGGGUCAGGUCUUGGAAAGUUGCUGGCUUCGAGACAAGUCUCCAAGAUGAUUGCAAGCUACGUGGGAGAAAACAAGCUGUUCGAAAGCAUGUAUCUCAAGGGCGAAAUCGAGAUGGAAUUGUCUCCACAAGGAACCCUGGCGGAACGAUGUGCAGCUGGCGGCAAAGGCAUACCCGCGUUUUAUACCCCGGCGGCGGUAGGAACGGUGGUACAGACUGGUGAACUGCCUCUGAAGCAUAACAGUGAUGGCUCAGUCGCAAAAUAUUCAGCACCACGCGAUGUAAAGGUCUUCGACGGUAAGCCGUAUGUCAUGGAAGAGAGCAUUAAAGGAGAUGUUGCGCUGGUAAAGGCUUGGAAAGCGGAUCGCCUGGGGAAUGUCAUGUUUCGAUUCGCAGCACACAACUUCAACGGAGCCAUGGCAAGGAACGCAAAGGUCACCAUUGUGGAGGCAGAGCACAUUGUGGAACCGGGAGAGAUUGAUCCCGCUUCAGUUCAUGUGCCUGGCAUAUAUGUGACGAAAGUCAUUCAAUCAACAAGUGAGAAGAAUAUUGAGAAGGUCGUCAAUGCAAAGAGCCCCGAGGAGCUCAAAGCCGGUGCUUUGGGGAGCGGAGACACGGCCAACAAGCGGGAGAGGAUUGUUCGAAGGGCGGCAAAGGAAUUCAAGAACGGACAGUACGCUAAUCUGGGCAUUGGAAUGCCGAUGCUUGCUCCUUCGUUCGUGGACAGCUCCGUGGAAGUCCAGCUACAGAGUGAGAAUGGCAUCCUUGGAUUAGGAACCUACCCUCAAAAGGGCGAGGAGGACGCCGACCUCAUCAACGCCGGAAAAGAAACGGUGACUYUGAAGCCUGGAGCUGCCGUAUUCGGAUCUGAGGAAAGCUUUGGAAUGAUUAGAAGCGGGCGCAUCGAUCUCACUAUACUUGGUGCUAUGCAGGUCAGCGCGAAGGGAGACCUUGCCAACUGGGCGUUACCAGGCAAGGUCAAGGGCUUCGGAGGAGCGAUGGAUCUCGUUUCCAACCCAUCACAGACGAAGGUGGUAGUUACUAUGGAGCACACAGACAAGAAAGGGGGGCCCAAGAUUCUCAACCACUGCGCCUUCCCUUUGACGGGAAAAUCGUGUGUGAGCCUUAUCAUAACCGAGCUCGCUGUAUUUGACGUGGACUUCACUUCUGGCUUGACCUUGAUUGAACAUGCAGAAGGCGUCACUGUAGAUGAGAUCAAGGCCAAGACUGAGGCGCCAUUCAAGAUCUCGGAGAAGUUGACAGUUAUGCAACAAUAG